AGGCCUACCUAAUUUCUGACCACUUCUACAUAAAAUCUAACUCUUUGGGCUGACAAAAAUUUACAACAUCCGAUCUGGUGACGUGGCGUUGCUUCAAUUGUCUGUGAUAAUUGAUUUUCGUCACCGACGCCUGUAGUAAUUUAUUAGUCUGUGAUAAUUGAUUUCGUCACCGACUCCUAUAAUAAUUUAUUAGGUUCUCUCCCGCCAUUUCGUACUCCCGCCUUCUUCUCUUCCUAAAAUUGAAACAUUUUCCCAAUAUUUUUUUACUUUUUUUUUCUUCCUUCAGACAAAAUCGAAAAGGUAUAAAAUGCACGUUAGGGACAUUAAAAACAAAAGGAUAAACCCUAAGCAAGAGUCAAACUUGAAUAAGGAAGAGCAAUGGGCAUCAAGGAUCUGCUCAGAUUUAUGAAGCCCUACAUAGAUCCCAUUCAAAUCAAGAAAUACGCCGGCCAAAGGGUCGGAAUCGAUGCCUAUUCAUGGCUACACAAAGGAGCAUAUUCAUGUAGUAUGGAGCUGUGUUUGGAUACUGAAGGAAAAAGGAAGCUCAAGUACAUAGAUUACUUCAUGCACAGAAUCAACCUUCUCCACCACUAUAAGAUCAUUCCAGUUGUUGUCUUUGAUGGUGGGCAUAUACCCUGUAAAGCUGCAACAGCAGAUGAACGGCAAAGGAGAAGGAAGGCUAACUAUGAGUUGGCUAUGGAGAAGCUAAAGGAGGGAAAUGUUCAAGCGGCUACUGAGCUUUUUCAGAGAGCAAUUAGUGUCACACCCUUCAUGGCUCAUCAACUGAUUCAGGUUCUGAAAUCAGAAAACGUCGAAUUUAUAGUAGCUCCAUAUGAGGCUGAUGCCCAGCUAGCUUACCUAAACAGCCUCGAUCUAGAACAAGGCGGGAUUUCUGCUGUGAUAACUGAAGACAGCGAUUUACUUGCAUAUGGUUGCAAAGCUGUUGUUUUUAAGAUGGACCGGUUUGGUAAUGGGGAGGAACUAGUUCUGGGCAAUGUUUUUCAUGCAGUGGAUAAAAAGCCUUCUUUCCGUAAUUUCGAUAGAGAGCUGUUCACUGGAAUGUGUGUUUUAGCUGGCUGUGAUUUCCUCCCGUCGGUUCAUGGUGUUGGCAUUGUAAAGGCUCACUCAUUCGUCUCCAAGUACCGUAAUUUAGAACGUGUUCUGUCAGUUCUCAAGAUAGAAAAGGGGAAUUUAGUAUCAGAAGAUUACCCCAAGUCUUUCAUGGAAGCAAUUGCAGUUUUUCAGCAUGCCCGAGUAUACGACCAGAAUGCUGAGAAGCUCAGAUACAUGAAACCCCUCUCCAAGAAUCUUCUGGAUUUACCAGAGGAAGAACUUGAUUUCCUGGGACCAGACCUCUCACCAUCUGUAGCCGCUGCUAUUGCGUCAGGAAUUGUUGAUCCCAUAAGCAUGGAGGCUUUCAACUGUUUCCCUGAUUCUCGAAGCCAUUGGAAACCACCUGCUUGGUCUCGAAGCCAAAAGUUUCAGAAGCAGGAAAGGAACAGCUCCUUUUUCUUACAUUCUCUGUCUGGAAAUGAAAGAAGCAGAGAAGAUGAGAAUAGGAUGGAUUCAGAACUUGUUCUGAACGAAAUAAGAAGCUCCAGACAAGAUUCAGAAUUACACAAACUGAUUUUACAGCCCAAGGAUCAGUUGACUGUAGACACUGCAGAGAUUCACAGCAGUGACCUGUUACAGAUUCCAGAUAAUAACCCGUUCAAGAGACGAAAAGUUGAGGAGAUUCGGCUUGAACGUGAGAACACAUCAGAAGAACUCGAGCUUACAUUCGGGACAAAAGGCGAAGAACUCGAAGUAGAGUUUCUCGUGCCUCAGAAAAUCAUUUCGCCACCAGAAUCUACUGAAGAUUUUUGUCUCAAGAACAUGAAAGAGGGUACAUUUGAUUCGAUCCAGUUCGAAGUUUCUGCAAUCAGACUAGGCUCUGAGAUCAGAGAGACAAAAGGGUCGGAAAUGGCUGAGGACUUAGUCGAGUUGGAAGGAAGAUCGAGCAGUACAACGAAAAGGGCUCGCCAUGUGAAAGGGACAAGUAGGAGGAAUGCCAAGUUGGAAACAAACUGCAGAAGUUCGGAGAACAAGAAGAAAAGCAGCAUCUUAGAUUUCUUUCAACGUUUGUAACAUUGUUCUUAUUGAUCUAUUACAUAUCAUUAUUGUCCGACAGAAAAAAAAAACAGAGGCAGAUCAAUCUAAACAUUCAUAUCCAUGGAA